AUGACCAACAUAGUUAACAUCUCUACGGCUCCAACACAUUUUAUACUUCUUUCUCUUUCAGUUAGAACUGUUUGUGAGGAUCAGAAGCUUAGUGCAAGGAAUGGAGGUGCAAGUUAUAAUCUCUAUAAGUUGAGAUCGGAAAGUCGGAAAGCUGAAUAUCGUGUUACGUCACAUGGCAGCGUUUCAACAAGCGAGGUCAUUCCUGAUGGUGUUCUUUUAGAGUGCAAAGUUUGCCCGCAGUCGAGGAACAAAAACCUUAUACAGACCACGUGCGCGCUGUGGUUCUGCGAUACAGGCUAUGUUCGAACAAGAAAACAUAAGAACUAUCAAUUUACACGGAUUCUCAACCUCUCAACUGACGCUUGCACUCCAGUGGUUUGGACAUGUGACAGAGAUUGGCUCCCGACUCAUCUGUUUCAAAUGAAGAAAGCUGUGAUUAACACCAUGUUCUGCACUCCAAAAACCGUUUGCAGUGGACCCGAGGAGAGAAGGGAAUCGUUAACUUCACUUAGAUAG